CUGUGCAGAUUCAGCUGUUGGUGACCUCCCGGUGGGAAGGAGCUGCCCGGCUUUGUUUCUCACAUCAAACCUCUGCUCUCCCCCCGGCAGGUCACAGACCAGCUUCCCGGGGUUUUGACGCUGGAUUGGGAUCGUUUUAACUAAAGAUGGAAACACUGGAGUCCGAAUUGACCUGCCCAAUCUGUCUGGAGUUAUUCGAAGAUCCUCUGCUUCUGCCCUGCGCCCACAGCCUGUGCUUCAGCUGCGCCCACCGCAUCCUGCUGUCCGGCUGCUCCUCCGGCGAGAGCAUCGAGCCCCUCAGCGCCUUCCAGUGCCCCACCUGCCGCUAUGUCAUCUCCCUCAACCACCGUGGCCUGGAGGGCCUCAAGAGGAAUGUGACGCUGCAAAACAUCAUCGACCGCUUCCAGAAGGCGUCGCUCAGCAGCCCCAACUCCCCCAGCGAGAGCCGCCGCGAUCGGCCCUACCGCCCCAACCCCACCAUGUCGGUGGGCGGCGAGAGGAUCGCCUGCCAGUUCUGUGAGCAGGACCCGCCGAGGGAUGCUGUCAAGACGUGCAUCACCUGCGAGGUGUCCUACUGUGACCGCUGCCUGCGGGCCACGCACCCCAACAAGAAGCCCUUCACCAGCCACCGGCUGGUGGAACCCGUGCCCGACGCGCACUUCCGAGGUCUCACCUGCCUGGAGCACGAGAAUGAGAAGGUGAACAUGUACUGCGUGGCUGAUGACCAGCUCAUCUGUGCCUUAUGUAAACUGGUGGGGCGGCACCGGGAUCACCAAGUGGCGUCGCUCAGCGAUCGCUUCGAGAAGCUCAAGCAAACCCUGGAGACAAACCUCACCAACCUGGUUAAACGCAACAGCGAACUGGAGAACCAGAUGGCCAAGCUGAUACAGAUCUGCCAGCAAGUGGAGGUCAGUGAGCACAGCGUGUGGCACUGGGGAGCUCCCAGCUCAAGCCAGGGGGGUGUGCAACAUUGCUCCCACCUCCCUCCCACAGCAGUAGGACCGUGGAGGGGGUGGGGUGGGCUAUGAGGGUUGGUGGGAGGC